UACUUCAAACCUCACGAGUGCUGUCAGUGAGCAUCUGUAGACCUGCCUUCUUUCUGUCCGAAGUUCCUAUUACACGGCAUAUUCUCCUCAGAUGCAGGCAGCACCGGUCAGCGCCCUCGGCACCCUUGCUGACCCUCCUGCUAGAAUGGUCGAUGGUGCAGCCAUGGACUACUUAUUGAUCGAAGCUGUGAAUGCCCUUCGUGUCUCAUCAGCAGUCGCUUCUGCUCGAGCAAAAAAAAUAGAGCGCGACAUGGUCGAAGCUGGUUUGGUUCCACCACCACCGACAACCGCCAAACAACAGAAUCCGAGAGACAGUACUAGUAGCACGUCAGGUAAGAUAUCAGGGCCUGCGGAUGAGGACGAGGGAGUGAGAUCUAGGCUGGAAGCUAUCGGUAUGCACAUUGGGGGUAACUUUGUGGAGAGGCUUUGCCGUGAUCGCCCAUUAUUCAGUGACUCUCUGGACGUUAUCAAGUUUGUUUGCAAGGAUCUUUGGGUUUCUUGCUGGGAUAAACAAGUCGAUAACUUGCGUACGAAUCACAGGGGGGUCUAUGUUCUUCAAGAUAACGCUUUCAAGCCAAUUACUCGAAUUUCUUCAUGGGAGGGUCGACAAGAAGCUCUUAAGCGAGCCAAGCUGUAUGUUGCACUUCCUGCUGGGAUUAUUCGAGGUGCAUUGUCUCGAAUCGGUUUUCAAGGGACGGUAGUUCCUGAAAUCACCACUUUACCUCAGUGUACCUUCCAGAUCAAACUACCAAAAAACACAUAAAUCCGUAACACUAUAUUAGCCUCAAAUAACACGUCAAUCCGUGGUAGCCCGAGUUGUGAAGUUGCUGCUGAAUGCGAAUCCCGUUGCUGAAAGCUCAGUCAAACGGUUGAAGGUGUUGGGAUCACCAAGUGGUAAGAUGGACAGCACGUAGGCAAUGUGACUCGAAGGAAGGAUCGGGUCUUGAGUCAGUUCUCGCGU